GAUAGUUUUAAAGAUUACUGGGAUGUGUUGCCAAAUAAAUCAACUGAAAUUGAAAAGGAGUUGAAACAAUUUUUAUCAAAUGCAAGACUACAGACACAAGUGAAUGGUUUUAUUUCAGAUAUUCAAUCUGACUCAUUAUUGACGGACGAUGUUAUCCGAUUUUUACGAUAUAGCCUGAACGAUCAUCCAUAUCCUGGCUUUAAUCUUGUCAAUAUCAUAAAGGAUGACGCACCAUACGAAAAAAUUUUUGACGAAAUGGAAUAUUAUACAGUUUCUACUGGUGUCGAAAAUGUGUCGGAAAGCAGGGAAUAUGAAAAGGUUUAUUGUGUGUUAGCGAAUCUCAGUCUUGUUCCAGAAUUCUACGAACGACUUUGUUUGCAAGUUUUACCUGUACUAAAUGAAGCGAAUAUUUGUGAAACUGCUGUCGUAUAUUCGAUGCUUUCCCGCAAAGAUGACCUCUUAGAUCGAUUCUUGGAGUACCAACAGAAACUAAAACUUUGCGACAACCCAAAGAUAUAUAUGUUCAAUCACCUGACGUUAAAUAGUCAAAAUGUUUUGCACGAAUUUAUGACUUUGAAAGAUCACAAAUCGUAUCAGCAUCACGAUCAUGAACUGAGUCAAUAUGCAAGAGUGAUUAAAUUAAUAGAUGCUUUUAAUAGUCAAACAGAAGAAGAUAUAGACCUGAAGAGUUUUUUAAAUUGGAUAGAGCCUUUGCUACAAGAGAUAGACGAUCCAAAGAAAAAUAAAAUGAUCAAGCUAUAUUUGCUCGAAAUGAAACGGGAACAAUUGCUCAUAAAAUUUUUGCAAAAUAAUUCUUCGGUGAAACUUGUUAACGUUUUCCAUAUUAGUAGACAACGUAAAAUUUUAUAUGAACUGCUCGAUAACGUUAAUAUUUCUUACAAGAUGUAUGAAAGACUGAAGCCAAUCGUUAUAUCCCAUCAUAAUUUAAUGAGUCUAAUGCUAGAAGAAUACAAUCCGUUCCAAAUAGUGCCAAAAAAGGAUGAGCUGGAAUUCUUUUCUAUCAUAUUGUGUACAAAAAUUCAAUUGGAUUUGAUGUUGCUAGACGAAAGCCAAGAAAACUAUCAACAAGUGCUGGACAAAAAUAUCACUCAAAUUAAGGAAAUAUCAAAGAAUAUCAAAGAGAUGAGUAAACAGUUGAGAUUUUGCGAAAUUCUGUUUGCCACGCUCUUUGUAAGGUUUGAAGAUUUAAUUGAAAAUCCACUGCAAAGCCAAUUGAUUUGUUUCAAUCGAGAAACAAUAGUUGAGUCAUCAAAUUUUGAACAAAAAUAUCAAAUCAAAAAAUCUAAUCGACAGUCAAUCAAUACCGAAUUUAUGGCAUGCGAGUCAUUCAUACGGGCAAUCCUGAACUUUAUUAAAGUAUAUUUAUUGCGGAUCAAGCGAUCUCAUGCAUAUAUUGAAGAGACCGAAGCCAAUAUAAAUUGGCAUAUGAAAAUUCUCGACAAUACUAAUGAUGCGUUAUAUCGUCUUUCAAUUAUUACCAAGUGUAUAUCGCAGUUCAUUGGAGGAAGUUUUCGAAUACACACAAUUCACUUAGAUUCUCUAAUUAAGCCACACCAGAUAAUAAAUGAACACGAUCUUAGUACGGAUGAAGAAGAAAUAGGAUAUAAAUUCCACGUCUCACGAAGACGCAUAAAGAGAUUACGCAAAAGCAAGGUCAGCGUUGAUUCCGAAAGAACUUCAUAUUCAACCACAAAUGGAUCUGAAAAUGUAUUGCUCGACAUGAAAUGUUCUUACUCAUCGGAACGAGGACGACCUCGUAAAAUGUUAAACAAAAUGCUAUCGAAUCCCGAUACACUUGCAACUUUGUGUGCGAUUCGGGGGGAUACGAUUGAAUUGAAAAAUGUUAUAAAAAAAUACGAUCUUUUUGGAACGCCAGCAGAUCACUAUGUUUGUUAUAUGGAAAAAUUUGAGGAACAAAAGCUCAUCAUAUCAAACGCUCUCAAAAACAAAAAUAUGGAUUUUCAAAACAAUUAUGAAAAUGAAUUCGAAGCCUCAAAAAUCGUGACAUUCGGUUCAGCAGCACCGAUUGUCCAACGUCAAGAAGAACUUGAUAUAUUAGAAAAGCACAAGUCCACAUACAAGUUUUUGCACCAAUAUGAAAUUGAUGGUAUAAAAAUUGUCAGUUUAUUAGAUUUGAAUAUCAGCCUUCCCUGUACUUUUUCUCAAAAUCGAUUUAUUUAUACACACGUUAGUCGAAAUUUUGAUCGAAUACAAAAUAUAUCUCGAAAUGAGUUACAAUCACAUGGGUAUGUCCCUUACUGUUACAAUUUAAUUGAAUACCUUGAAUCGUAUAAGCAUGUGUAUAGUAACAAGGAGAUAACAAUACAAGAGUUUUUGACAAAGGAAUUUUAUCCAUUGAAGGAAAAAGAAAUAACCAACCGUAUUGCAAAGAUUGAGUUAUUUAUGAAGCUAAAGAAGAAUGCUUUAAGCUCAUUCGCUUCAGUAGAGGCGCUCGAAGAUAAAUGUUAUCAAAUUUUUGAGACAUUCAAGUUUGAUGUUAGUUAUUUUCAACGAUUAAUUAGUUAUUUGAAUACAGCAAAAAAGUUAUUAGAUUUCCAUUCAAAUGAAUUUGACUUUAGUCCAGAUGCAUUGUUAAUGCUCAAUUUGGAUACAGUAAUCGGUGAAAUUGUAAAUAUUGAAAAAGUACCGCCAACGGAGAUUGAAGAGUUAGUAGUGGGUUUAGGAAAAAGUUUAGUACAUGUCUUAAUCAACUACAACCUGUGUCCAAUAGUAACACAAACUUCCAUGACUGAUUUGGAAGAACAUGCCCUUUUGGGAUAUUUAGACUCUUGUUUGAAAACAGAGGUUUGUGAUAUAGCUAAAUAUCAUUCAAAUGAUAGCUGCUUAAAAAUGGAAAGUAGUUAUCUUUUGCCAUUUAUUGAACGCAGUAAUUUAAUGGCAGCCCAAUUGAUACGUGAACUACAUGGAAUCUCAACCGACAAAGACUUAAAUUUCAAUAUGAGCAUCAUUAGGGAUUUAGCCAUACUGCCACAAAUUCAAAUAUUAUCGAAACUGUUUAACAAUAAUUGCAUAAUGACCGUCUUGAAUUAUGACAACAUUGACUUACGUUUGCUUCAUAAAUAUCUUAUAUCCACAACAAACUUUAAAGAAGGCAUACACUCUAUUGAAAGCAUCAAGGAGAUUCAAUACAAACGCCAUCAAAUAUAUUUUGAAAAAAUUAAGGAUGUUUUUCUUGCUCGAUUGAUAGAUGCAUCCGACGACGAAGACGAUUACUGGUAUCUCUGCAAAAUUGUGAAUUUCAACUUGAAAUCAGAAUACGUUAAUAAACACUUACAUAAAAUUAAGGAUAAUGUGUUGGCUAAGAGACUGCUAAAAGAUUUGUUAUCUGAAUCGCAUGACAAAUGUUUACGACCGAGCUACAUAGCACAAAUCAAAAAUUGGAUAAUCGAAGUAGAAGUCUAUGAACAAAUAGCGAUGAUACUUGGUGAUGUAAAUUGGUUAGAUAUCCGACAGAAGAGUUUUAAUGAAACGGACUUAAUGCUUCAAGAAAUUCUAGAUAGUAAUGAAUUGUACAAUGUAUUGCCAAAAUGGAUAGAACUUCAUCCGUUGCAUAAAAUAAGCGAUUCUAAUAUGAUUGAAAACAUAAAGAGAAGCUUUGAAAUGUCUAUUCUGAAGAACAACAAUGACAAAACAUUUAAAAUUCUAUUUGGUGCAAUUGAUUCGAUGAAAGCAGAAAAUGUUAUAGAACUGUAUGAAACCUUAAUAGCGGAAGUCGACACGUUGAAAACAUUAAAAUUAGUAGUUGAUUAUUUGCAAAGAACGUCCAGGAAAAAGGAACGAUAUCAAAAGUAUCAAAUUUCAAUAAGAAUUUUCGAGUGUCUAAACGAAUUAGAGAGACAAAACUUGUGGAACUUAAAGACGUUCCCGUUGUUAAUAUUGGAACAGUUUUUAAUGAAUACCAGAUUUGAAAUUUUGACAAAAGUUUUGAGCGCCAUUAAACCGUUGCUUUACGAAAAGACUUGUAGGUUAUGCCAUGAUAAUCAUGAGAGUGAUUACAGUAACGGGAGCAUGAGCAUUACCAAUUUGACUCAUCUUGUUGACAUUUCUAACUCGGGAAGUAGCGAUUACAUUAUGAUAAACUAUGACACAAACCAUAUAGGUGAGUUUAUUACGGUGGAUUGUGUCAAUGUUAUGUUGCGAUUGUAUGCAAGUAAAGCAUUGGAUAUUCGGAUAUCGGAACGGUAUUCUGCGGCUAGCUAUAGUAUCUUAUCACGUGUUAGUAUCGAGUCAUCACGUUCUCCCAAUGUGCAUCAAAUGCCAAAAGAGGCUCCUCCAAAGGAGUCUUGGGUUACGGAUGAAGAUGCUGGCAUCUGUAUGAGUUGUAACAAGGCAAUAUUUACCCUUUUAACCCGUCGUCAUCAUUGUCGUCGAUGUGGAAAAGUUGUUUGUCAUACAUGUUCUACAAAACGUGUAAAAAUUCCUGAAUUGUACGGUGAUGUUCUUGUUCGAGCUUGCAAUAAUUGCUUUUACCAAAUGGAGAUAGAAAAAGAAACUAAGCAAACAAGUUCCAUAAAUGAUUACUCCAUAGAUAACCAAUGGCAACUUACAGGCAGCGAAAAACAUGAUAAUGUUGUACGCGAGGAGUUUAGUUAUGAAUAUGCGCCGAACGUGAAUUUAUGUCUUUCCAUUUGCGAUUUAUAUCUGUCUGACCAUGAAUGUGCACAGUUUCUAUUACAUCAUGCUAGUAAAUUGGAAGCCCUUUUUCGUCCAGUUGAGCCAGGUCAUGCGAAUCCUGAAAUGGACUACGAGUUGGUUGGAAAAAUGAUACAUUGUCUAGCAUUGGCCGCGAAAGUGCGUGGAGCUUCGGAUGAGUGCAAUGAAAUAAUUGCCCAUUCGGAUAUUAUGCAGGCCCUCGUAGAAAAUAAAUGCGAGUCUUUGAUGCCAAUGGAGCCGAUUAACUUACACAGCAUUCGGAAGUUGCGAGAUGCUUUAAUCAGAGCUGAACAAUGGCGUUUGGCUUUAGAGAUUUCUUUAAAAUAUAAUUUCUCGACACUUGGCGUGAUGGCUUCUUGGGGUAUCAUUUGCUUAAAAGCUGGUUCUUUUAUGACUGCUAGAGAGAAAUUCGCACACUGUUUUAAGAUUGUUGAUGUAAGUACAGAUCGCCAAAGAUCCUUAUUUUCUGUUGUUUUAUCAGAUGAGCAAAUAACAGCAAAACAAGUGCAAGAAUGGGAGCAAAUUAAACGUCCUAUUCAAACUUCUGGCCUAUUGAACGAAAUAUUGAGCAUUCUUGAGAAUAGUUAUUAUCCAUCACUAGUUAGGUCAGUGACAAAUAACAAAUCUUCUCUAAAGGAAAAUUUAGAUGGUACUGAACCUGCUUAUAAUUUUACAAGUCGCCUAAAGAACCUAAAAAAUAUCACACAAAAUAUAUUUGAGGAUGUUGUGCCUGAACGAAAAAUGUUCAGGGAAACACGAGCAUUACCCAAAGAUGCAAAAGGAUUCAUGUAUAAAAAUCAAAUUAUGAGAUGUAAAUAUUUUGAAGAAUCUAUCUUUUAUCUCAAUUCAUAUGGCACUCACUUGGAUAUUAUUGAUUAUUUGAUCAAGCAUCAUCAAAUUGUAUCUGCUCUUCGUUAUAUUCUGAUACAAAAAAUUGAACCAGAUACCUUUGUACAUCGCAUUUACUAUCCGUGUCUCAGGCAAAAUAACGUUGACAUAAUCUUUGAUUACAUGAUGGACUUGGAUGAAACUCUCAUUUUAUGGAAGAAUUAUAUUUUGCACCUAUGCAGGCAUCUUGAGAAACGAGCAAGUUGGAAAGAAUUGUAUGACAUUCAAGUUUUAAUUAAAGAUCCAAUUCGGGCGAGUAUGACAUGCAUUAAAUUUUACAAUAUGAACUGCAAGAGUUAUCGAGAUUUGAUGAACAAUCGACAACAGUUGAUAAAAGCACAAAGACAUUUGGAACAGGAAUUCGAACUCGCAAGUCAUUGGGAGAAUAUAAAAACUUGCAAAGUUGAAAAAACAAACUCGUUGAUCAUGAAAAGAGAUAUGAAAACUUUGAGUUGCUUAUUAAAUCUCAUAUCAAUGCAAUUAGAUACUGCAGCAUUUUUAGCUCAAUGUGAAUUAGAUGGUUACGAUGUAUGUGAAUACAUUUCAAAAAUUUGUGCGGAUGCAAAGACGAAGCUUCCAACACUUUUCGAUAGUAGUCGUGAAAAACUCAUAUUAGCUGUUCUUAUUAUUGUCCUAGGAAAAACUAUAGAUGCUGGUUUCACCUUAUCGUUUAGGAUAAUCGUAGAGUUUAAUCUCGAUGCUACUCAAGUGUAUGGAAUAAGUGCGAAAUUUUUGGCUGCUAACGAUCGUAUUAAAGACAUUUCAAGUUUAAUCCGCUGUAUACAUUCCAAAGAUACACUCCAAUCAAAUCUUACGGCGCUUUCUGACGAAAUUCUCUGCUUGGCUGUGAAAACUGGUUUUCAACACUAUGGGAACAAUAAAAAAAAUGAGCUUGUGGCCUUAAUUUCCGACGUCAAAGACAUUGGAACUAAGAUUAUGUGUUACAUAUAUACAAAUCAACUUAAAUCUGCGUAUUUAUUAGCAGUAAAGAACGAUCGCAUCAACGAUAUUAAAAAAAUACUUCGAAAAGCUGAAUUGAUAGAUCAAAAACAAGUAAAAAAACUCUGUGAAAAAAAACUGUUAUUGAGCAAAAUAGAUAAUACUAACAACGUGUGAUCAAUAAUAUUAUAUGCAUUAA